AAUGAAAAUGACGAGUCAAUAAUAAGUAGUUCUAAAUUAUUAACAAUUCGUAAUGAAACUAAAGAUGAUUAUCUCGAAAGAAUUAGUAAAAAGGGAAUAAUAACUAGCUUCUGUUGGGACGAAUUCGAAAUUAUAGAACGUCUUCAUAUGGGAUGUUCUGGUGAAGUUCUAAAAGCUAAAUGGAAGACAAAGAAUAUUAUAAUUGUUCUAAAAACUGUAGCUGAUUUGGAUGAAGCAGACUCAGAUAAUCAAAAGUUUAUCAAGAAUAACCAAGAAUUUAAGGAUAAUCAAGAAUUUAGUAAAGAG